AGUCUUAUUUCGUAUAUCACAAUCAUGCGUAGUAACAUUAUCUCUACAGUAGUAUUUAUGUGCCUAUUACCUAGUUCCAUACUUUCCCAAAAUUUGACAACGAUAAAAUGUCUUGACGAAUUUACUAAAACAACUUCAGGCACGGCAUAUUGGAAGUUUAAAGGCAUUCCUUAUGCAAUAUCUGAAGACCUACUGUGCCUAAAAUCAAACGAUCAAAUUUUAUUGCGCGUGUGCGAUACAAAUUAUGGACAUUGGAUGCCGGAUGUGAUAGAGUGCAAAAUGAGUAUGAACAAAAACCUGCACUGCCCUGAUGACCUUUUUGAAAUUCGAGACGUUGGUAACGUUCCACUUUGCUUAAAAAUUUCCACUGAAGCUCAAGCGUUCAAUGAACAAUUUUGCUACGGCUCAAAUAUAAUUAUUCCUAUCGAUUUAACAAACAUAGAAAUUUCUACAGUAUCCAAGUUUUUGAUAAAAAAUAAUAUUUAUGAUUAUUGGCUGCCAAUACGUCGAAAAAACGAAGUAAUGCCUUAUGAAGUACGUUUGCCAGGAAAAUCUUGGAGAAAAGAAAUAAAUGAGAGUUUAAUACACUUAAAAAAUAAACCCAAUGAGCACUGCCUAAAGCAUACUAUAAGUAAUAAAACAGCAACUUACUUUAAAAACCAAAUAGUAUCUGAAGACUGCAAUGCUUUUUUAAAUGCAGUGUGCAUUUUUAAGUCGGAACUGAUAUCUAAUGCUGGAUGUCCGAGCGGCUUUGGAGCUUUAGUCUAUCACCCGUCAGUAUGUUAUGGUAUUGACUGGAAAAAUACCACUUAUGAACACGUUGAUCUAAAAGAGUACUUAAAAAAACGAAAUUGGCUUAAACGGAUUUUAGCAAAAAAAAUAUGUUAUAAUAAUGAGUCUAUCUGAAAAUUUCCAAAUUGUUAGCAAAGGCUUGAAAUGGAUUCCCACUUUAAGCAAAAAAAUUGCGAAGACAAGUAGUGCUAUUGAAAUGGUAUUGGAAAUAGAUGACAUCUCUAAAGCGCUAAGACUGGUGAUUUAUAAUCGAAAAAUAUGGAACUGUAAAAAAAGCCAGCUUGGACCUUGUUUGGGAGAAUCAAGAACAAUCUUAUUCAAUUCUUAAUGUCAAUUUAGUUUCAAGCUAUCGCACCGAAUAUUGGUGUGAAGGUCACAGCAUUUUUGAGUUUCAGCUGGUUUCCACCCGGUUGUUGGUAGAUUUUAAUAGAAACACAGCGCAUGGUUUUGUUAUACGUUGGAACGUCUCAUGUAUAAAUUCAAAGUUUGCAUAUAAUUUGUGUGAUGAAGUAACCGGUAAAAAUUUAAGAAACCUUUCAGAAAGUAUAUACGGAAACAGCGAUCUAGGUCAUCUUGUCAUACACGAUGUUCGAAUAAUGAAUAUGGAAUUGCUCAAAAAUA